AGUGACUUGUUUUAAGAAGACGUUUGCUUAGCGCAGCUGUGUAGUCUGCGAGACCGGAUGAGAGUUAGGAGAAUGAAAAAGUCGCUCUGAUUUGUGUGUGAGGUACGAGACGCUAUUAGCUUGAACAAUUCAUCACAUCGAUUAUUAAUAACAGAAUUAUCAUAAGACAAUGGAGACACUUAAUAGGUUCUAUGAAAUUGGACGCUAUUAUGUUUUUUUAUUUAUUAUAAAAACGUAUAACUAAACGGAAACAAAGCUAAACUGCUUGUACAACUAUACGGAGUGGCUGCUUUUAUUUACCUUUUCAAACUAUUAUGGACGUUUGUCUCGUGAGAGCAAAAAAUGGAAACAAUACGGGAUAACUGCGGAAGACUCUGUUAAGCAGAUCUUUAAUGAAGCUGUCCAAGUUGCCCCGAUGACUCUGGGCAGCGUCUCCGACGGUGGGAGGUGUGAAGCCGGACACAUCUGCUCUUGCUGCGGGGAGAAAAUGAUGCCCUACUUCUCUGAAAAUGCAGUAAUUUCGCAAAACACCAUCAACCAGAUCAUCAGUGAAAGCUUCCUUACUGUGAAAGGAGCUGCCCUAUUUCUUCCCAGAGGCAAUGGAUCCACAACACCAAGGAUCAGCCAACGACGCAACAAACACGCUGGAGACCUUCAGCAACACUUGCAGGCCAUGUUUUUGCUGCUACGACCUGAAGACAACAUUAGAUUGGCUGUGAGGUUGGAAAGUGCCUAUCAGAGCUGCACACGCUACAUGGUGGUGGUUUCUACCAAUGGACGUCAGGACACUGAAGAGAGCAUAGUACUGGGGAUGGACUUUAAGAACAAAGAAAGUAGCUGUUGCACUAUGGGUCUUGUCCUACCUCUUUGGAGUGACACCCUUAUCCACCUGGAUGGUGAUGGCGGUUUUAGUGUGUCCACAGUCAACAGAGUCCACAUUUUCAAGCCGGUUUCCGUCCAGGCCAUGUGGUCAGCUCUCCAGAGUUUGCAUAAGGCAUGUGAAGUGGCCCGUUGCCACAAUUACUAUCCUGGCAGCCUGUUCCUUACGUGGACCAGCUACUAUGAGAGCCAUAUCAGCUCAGACCAAGUGUGCAUCAAUGAGUGGAAUGCCAUGCAGGAUGUGCAAUCUCACCGGGCUGACUCCCCUGUUUUAUUCACUGAUGUUCCAACAGAGAGGGAGCGUACAGAGAGACUUAUUAAAACUAAGCUGAGAGAAAUCAUGAUGCAGAAAGAUUUGGAAAACAUCACUUCAAAAGAGAUCCGCACUGAGCUUGAGAUGCAGAUGGUCUGCAACCUACGGGAAUUCAAGGAAUUUAUUGACAAUGAAAUGAUUGUCAUUCUUGGACAAAUGGAUAGCCCUACUGAGAUAUUUGACCAUGUCUUCCUGGGCUCAGAGUGGAAUGCCUCCAAUCUUGAAGACUUGCAGAAUAGAGGGGUUCGUUACAUCCUGAAUGUCACACGGGAGAUUGAUAACUUUUUUCCAGGCCUCUUUGAGUAUCACAACAUUCGGGUCUAUGAUGAAGAAGCUACAGAUUUACUGGCUUACUGGAAUGAUGCUUACAAAUUCAUCUCUAAGGCAAAGAAAACUGGCUCCAAAUGCCUUGUCCAUUGUAAGAUGGGUGUGAGCCGCUCUGCCUCAACUGUUAUUGCCUAUGCAAUGAAGGAAUAUGGCUGGAAUCUGGAACAUGCUUAUAGCUAUGUCAAGGAACGCCGCACAGUCACUAAACCGAAUCCCUCUUUUAUGAGGCAGCUUGAGGAGUAUCAGGGCAUACUCUUGGCAAGUAAACAGCGGCACAACAAGCUUUGGCGAUCACACUCUGACAGUGAUCUUUCAGAUCAUCAUGACCCCAUCAACAAGACUCCUCUUAACAUGAACCUCAACCAAAAGGAUGCAGAUAAUAAUCCUUCACUGGAACAUUUCCUGGGAAUGGCAGUCCUACAAGCACUCACAACUAUGCCUUCAAGUAUUGAUGAAGAUCCACCUACACCAUGUGAGGACCAUGACAGUCUGCAGCUGGAUUUCCAGCCGUGUACAAAUGAAGAAAGUUUAGAACAGUCUGCUUCAAAUGGCCUCUCAGACUGUCCAGAUUCACCCGAGACUACCACUGUAGUCCUCCCCUGUGUAGGAGACAUGCCACUCCAGGAGGUUUCUUCAAUUAUGCCAACCUCACUGGUUGACUUGGGAGGAGAUAAGCCAUUGCUGGAACCAAAGCUUAAUACACAAGAAAAGAAUACAAUUCCAACAGGCCAGUCUUCUCCCUCAUUGUCCCUAACCGCCAAUGCUAGGAUAUCAGAUGUAGAUGUCUACCUUGAUUUGAAGACUGAAUUUUUGGAGGAUACAGGUGGUCAGCACAACAGCAAUAAUAACCCAAGGUCCCCUUCUCAUACUGUGCAAUCUCCUAGCCUAAGUACAGAUAGCAUUGACUUCUUCAGUGCACGAGAAAAAUUCCUGGAAUUAUCCCAAGAGGGUCGUGCUAGAGCACUAUCUCAGUCUAGAAAUGAGGACUUGGUAACACCAAAAUUGCUUCAGCCCAGAAGUCCUGGCCAGGACCUGCUUGAUACAGAGGAUAGUGCACACCCUGUUGACGAACACACAAAAGAGCAAUGCCUGGACAUAACAGUGGGUGUCCCAAGAUCGCAGUCUGAGAACGGAAUCUCUGUUAAAGAUAUUGUAAUAGAACUGGAGUCCAUCAACCAGAGCUGUGGACCGAGCCCCUGCAAGACUGAUUCCUCCACUACAAUCUCCUCUCCAGCCACAAUGAAAAAGGCUGUGGUUCACAGUUUGCAAAGUGAACCUCCAGGAGACUUAGAACCCACAUCAAUAUGUGAAUCUCCCUCAGAUGAUCUAAGAGACUCUUCCACAUGUCACUGCGAGACCUCCCAAGACAGCCUCACACCCAAGCUGGAGACACAAAAAUGGUUGUCUGGUUCUGUGAGACGUGCCACUAAUAAACUGGAACAGCGAUUGCGGCAGGAGCAAGAGCCAGGUAACUGUUUAGGGAUCAGAAAGAACUCCCGCCAUGAUGAGGUGCCUUCAAUUGAAGUACAUCCCCAAGAAUGUGGAGACAAUCAGCUGCACAAUCCUCUACUGGAAGAGGGAACUAUGCUUCCAUUGCAAAAGCUGCCUAAGACCGGGGACAUAUCCGUCAGUUCUGACAAAGAGGAAGCUUGCUCUUGUCACAGCGAUUCAGCAGAGAAAUUCUGGAAACCUUUAGAGUCAAAGCCCAAAGAAAAGGAAGCACCCAUUACUUCCACUGUGAAAGCUCCUUUCUUGUCUUGCAGAGUGGAGAUUACUGAACUUGCCUCGAAUCAUUCACCAUUAGAAACAGAAGGGAGUUGCCCAAUGUUUCCUUUAAGUGAGAGAGAGUAUCAGUCUUCUUCAGAUCAUUCUAACCAUGUGUAUGUUUCAGAUAAGGGAAGGAAGGAUCCUAGUAGUGACCUCUGUGAAUUCAUCUCGCAAGAACCUGGGAUGGGGACAAAGCAAACUGUUGAUGAUGACCUUUGCUACAUCUCUCAUCUGCAGAACCCUCCUCUGCUCACAAGGUCAUUGAGCCCAAAAACUUGCCUGCUGCUGGAGGGAGCCACUGAGAGCAGCAGCGACACAGAUAUACUGCCGGACAGGCCGACUGAGAGUUCUACUCUGCAGCGGAGUACAGAAGAGCUUCUAAAAAUUCAAGAGACACUCAGUGAUUUGCAGGCCUUUUUGAAUCGUGUCACACCAACUGUAUCCAGACCACCAAACUGGGCAAGUCUACCUCACAGCUCAAGUAGCAGUAGUGUGUCUGAGCUGACUGUUGUUACCAAAGGCCAUUCAGGUAUGGUAAAGCAACGUGCUCAGGAGAUUGAAGCUAGAAUCCGUCAGGCUGGCCUGACCACUCCAUCUCUCAUGAAACGGUCUGCUUCCCUGGCCAAACUGGGAUGUCUUGAGCUGUCAACAGAUGAUUUGUCAGAGGUGGGAAAAGCUGAAUCAGGCCUAGCUAGCCCAGCAUGCUCCUUUAGACUUGUGCAUCCCGAGUCAUGUAGGGCACAUCUAAUGGCAGAGGAUCCUUCAAAAAAAUUCUGUAUGGCAUCUGAAUCAACCCUGCCUGGGGAACAAUCAUGUCGGUCAGACUGUGGCUCCUUAAGCCAACCUGUUGAGCUGCCUUCCAUCCUGCAUACCAGUACAUUCAGGGAAAGCAAUGAGGGGUGUCUGGAAAGCUGUCCUUCACUGGUACAGGCAACUGAACAGACAGUCCCUUUCUCUGGCGUAGCUCCAAGACAGCAGUAUGGCAGGACACAUCCACUCCGUAAGCUGAGGAAAGCUAAUGAAAAGAAAAGGACAGCAAGCUUCCAAUACAAUACCAUGUGACUCCUUCCUCCCGCCCGCCCUCCAGGAGGGAGGUGCAGACUGCCUUUUGUAUUUGUUUGGGGGCUGACUUCAAACAUGCACUUUAUCCGCCUUGCUUGUGGUGUUCUCUUAGAAUUUUAUCCUGUGGGUGGUGGUGUUUUGUUUCCUUUUUUUGUAUUUUUUAAAACUUAUAUUAAAAAAGGCCUUGUAAAUGUUAAAGAUUUUACCUUGUUCUCUAGCUGUCAUAAUUUGUCAUAUUUGUACAGUAUAUUAUAAGUGCAUUUAGUUUUUACAUUCACCUAGAAUCCUUUAUAAUUUUAAAGAAGGGCACAGAUUCUGUGUGGAUGGCAGGCAUGGUCUGGCUUUGAGUUUGCAAUCAAAACUAAAUGUUUAUUUUUAUUGCAUGUUCUUGUGGUUUCUCAUCUCUUCCUCUAGCAGAAACCACCAGAUUAUUGCUUCACCUUCAUAUCUUUUGCAAAUUCUAUGGCCCCUACUUGACCCACCAUUUAGCAUUUGCCAUUUUCUUUACAGUUCUUCAAACUGCAAACAUUAGGAGGUAACUGUUGGCAGAAAUUUCCUCCUUCACCUUUACCUGUACCUUUUGUAUUUUAAAACUUGGAUCAGGUGGACCUUUCUACAUUUUCAAUAUAUUUACAUAUUCUGCAAUAAAGUUUUACCUUAGACUGUCAAAAUUGCUUACCCUACAUGCAGUAAUCUAUUUUAUAAAGUGAUGAACAAAAUUGGCAAAUAAGUGAAGAAGAUAUCAAGUUUAGAAACUCAUUUUGAACCCAGAGAAGGAAACCUCCAUGCAAUAAUUCUGACCCUUUUCAGUACUUUUAAGAUGUGUUUGCAAGCAGUUAUUUUGUUAAUUUCAUUUAACAAAACAGUGCAUUUUUAGUGUGAUGGUGUGAGGGCAAAUAUGCUAAAACCUUGCCUUCCGUUCUUCUGUUUGUGCCUUUCUUUAAAAGGGUACAUCACUUUAACUGCACAAACUUGAUUGUUACUUGAAUAGCCCUGCUGGCCUUGAAAGAAAAUAAAAAAGCAUAUCAAGCGCAGGAAUUGUGGAGACAAGCAUAAAAUGGACUUUGUAAUUAUUAUUACUAUUUAAUAACUCUUGCUGCCUGUGGCUGCUUGGGAAUAUAGAUUUCCAGCGAUGCUGUUACCUGUUUUGUUUUAAAUGAGCCUUUAAUUAUGAAGUGAAAUGGUGGGCAGUUAAAUUUUAUUUCAUUUCCACACCUGAAUUUUUGCUAUGUGUUUUUUUUUUUUUUUUUUUGUGUCAAGAGCCACAUUAUUUACAUUGCUGCUGGAUUGUCAAUGUGUUUUAUUCUGUUUAUUUGUGUGCAGAGUGCACACGGUUAAAAUGCAAAACAUACAUAAACCCAACUGGAAAUAAAUGUGGAGGGGGUGAGUGGUUCUAGAAGGUGCAUCCAUGUAGAUCUCGAAAGUCUUCUUCCAGAGUAAUCAAGUGUGUUUAUUAUGCUCGGUGCCAAAGUAUUGCCACCAACAACUGGAAUGUUAGAGAGUUUAUAACACUUGAGGAGCUCCAACGGUGCUAUAAAUAUAACCCUUCUUGUCUCUUCUGGAUGUUAGGCAGCUGACCAGAUAUACAGGACAUUGCUGCUGCUGCAAGGCAAUGGUGUAGAAUUUCCAACCACAAAUUUUGAGCAAAAGGAUGGUGUCUCUUAUUUGGAGAGUUGUUAACGAAAAAGUGUAGAACAGCAGCUAGUGGAAGAAGUUACUACGUUGUUUUGCCAUCUGCCGUUCUCAGUUAUUUUCAGACAGUGUAUAUCAGGCGUAUGACUUGUUGAAGUAGCAUUGCAUGGCUGAAUACUGGCUGACUGCAUUCUUUGCUUUUGAGCUUUCAGCCCCAUAGGUUUUCCGAGAUUAGGAGAAAGUCUAGAAUGUUUGAUUCACCAUUAAUAACGAUGCAUACUCUUUGUUGUUCUAGCUGAAACAAAAGCCUUAGUAGAAAAUGAAUGGAUGGAAUGCUACAUUCUGUUAACUUGGACCGUUGUGGCUGUCGGCUUCAACUUUGUUGGCAACAGGAGAUUUCCUGACAUUCACACUUGACCGACUCCUGUUUGGUGCUGGUCUUCUGUUCCAACACAAUAUCACUUCAUUUUUCUUAGUCCUCACUCCUGGUUGUCCACCUCACCUUCAGAGAUCAACUGUGUAGCACUGCAUUGUAAUUUUCCUCUAAAGAGCUUUUUGACUUCUUCUUUCUGUAUCUCUUGUAAAUGUGUCGGCCUUGAAACCUAACGAUCACUGGCGUACUUGUUGAUACCAUGGUGUCUUGAAUCCCCUAGAAAGCCUUGCUGUAUUUCCUUUGUGCAUUUCUAGAAGUAGGUGAUGAAAAUAGUGCCUCAUUACAAGUGGAAUAGAGGGACAAAUAUGAGCCAAUUCUAUCUGAAAGUCUGUUGUAAGUAAAUCUUUUUUUAUGUGCCAUUUUGGUUCAGUUGAACCCACUAUAGGAGAAUUUUAAAUGUUUUUUUUUAAUGUGACAACGAGUGCUUAAAGAAGGGAGAGGCAGUCAACCCAUUUUGUUGGAUCUACCAGCGAUCUUGACCCUUUUAGGCAUUGCCAAUCCUUCUGAGGUUCGCUUUAUUGUUUUGGUUUAUUUAUUUAUUUUAUUUUUUUUUUUGCACGUCACUCGGAAAUAUCCCUUUACUGGCAAGUGAUCCACCAGACAGUAAUGCCCCUAGAGGAUUUACAAGUUGACAAAUCAAUUUGUAUUUCUGCUUUAAGCAUUAUGUGAACUACCUCUUCCAGGUUGGCUGUUUAGGACUGUUUUUGUCAGUGCCGUUUUUGUUGCUUACGAGAAGGAUUGAUUCUGCCAUGUGCAUAAGUGUCAUACCAGCUCCCGGGACCAGCAGGAAUAUGCAAAAUGGGAGAAAAACCUGCAGAUUAUAUGGAUGUUCAUAGGCAUAGAAAAUACUAGAGAUGAGUGUUGGAAUAUCAUGUUCAUCCCAGUAGCAUACAGUGGUGGUGCAGUUAGCACCACAGUGUGGGGAUUUGUUUGAUUGGGGAUUCUUACUGUAAAAAAUGUCAUUUUCAGUUUCUUUUGACCUGUUUACCAAGUAACUGCCUUUCCUCUUUCAAAAUUGUGUUUGUUAUUUCAGUUCCAUGUGGCAUCUUUUGCUUUUCCUCACAUCAACCAAAGACUUCCAGUCAGGAGUUACCAUAUCAGGUGACCCUGCCCAUCUCUGAGCAGAAAGGUGGGGAAGCAACCCUCCAGAUGUGUCGAAAAUUAAGAAAAAAAACGAAACCACCUUCACCAAAACCCCCUCACCCCCUCUUUGGAACUCGGCAGUCCCCUAGGGAUUCUACUAUACGAGUGUAUGUAUGUGUAUGUGUGUGUGUGUGUGCGUGCGUGUGCGUGUAUAAGUGCGGGGGGUGUAUACAGGAAUGCUUUUAAGUUGUAUUUUUCUUGUCUGUGGUGUAAGACAAUACUGUUUACAAUGUGAAUAUAAAAAAUGUACAGAAUUUGUUUUAUGAACCUUCUAGUUCUCCGGUGGUUUUUCCUUUACAUACAUAUCGCUAGACAACUUAAAAAGAAAAGAACAGUUGUCAAGAUAUUUUAGUAUUUAGAUGUUGAGUAAGUUGCCUGUUUGAUAACUGAAUUUUCAUUGAGCCUGCAAAGAAAAAGCCAUAAACUCUUGUUAAGAGUUUGCUGUUGCCCAAGGCCGAUGUACAGUUGGAGAAGUGCAAAUACAAAAUGUGCAAAAUUGAUAUCCACUGUUUAAAUUUGCAAAAAUUUAAGGGUCAAACUCUGUGUGGGUGUUUUUUUAUAUGAAUAAAUAUUUAAGAAAUUUUAAAUGUUAA